AUGGACAUUUUAAAUAUGAGAAUCAGCCUUAUUUUACUAUGAAUUUUUGCAACAAUUGCGAUUUCCAAAGAAUUUUCAAUUUCUGGCUUCAGCUCAGGCGCUUUUAUGGCCUCUCAAAUGCAUGUUGCGUUUUCCAAAGAUGUGGUAGGAGCUGGGAUUAUGUCAGGCGGCCCUUAUUUCUGUGCUAUGAAUCAUAAACUUUAUGCGAAAUUCGCAUGCACGACUUCUCCUUAUCUUAUUGAUGUAAAAAUCCUGAAGAGAUAUACAGAUCAAUUUUCAAAGCAAGGGGAUAUAGACGAUACAAUAAAUCUGAAAAAUAGCAAGGUUUGGAUUUUUGGAGGAACCAAUGAUACCAUGAUAGAUGUCGGGGUUGCGAAAAAAGUCAAGGAGUUUUAUAUGAAUUAUUCUAGGAAACACUGAAAAGAGCUAUAGAUCAGUAUAAUGUGCUCAUUAUAAAAAUAAUUUAAGUGUCAAAAUAGCUUGCUAGCUCAGAAUUUAUCUUAAAACCAAUAGUGAAUCAAAAAAAUUAUUUGUGCUAAAAUAUUAUGUACUGAAACAAUAGGACAAAGGCAAAUUAAAAAGAGUAUAUUCCUCAAGAAAACAUUGUAAGCUCAUUUGAUACUCCUGCAGCGCAUGGAUUCAUAACAAAUCACUAUGGAAAUCAAUGCGGGAUAUAUAGCUGGCCUUAUGUCAAUAAUUGCCAAAUUGAUGCAGCUGGAGAAAUUCUCAGCUUGAUUUAUGGCCAAUUAAUCCCAAAAACUCAGCAGAAUUUACAAAAUCUAAUAGAAUUCAGCCAAACUGCAUACGGAAUAACUAUAGGCAAUGCCUUUGAGUAGUGCGCUAAGCGCCCGAGGCUUUCCGACGAAGUCUGGGCGGUGGUUUGACCAGCUGAUGUUGGUCAAACCAGCAUCCAAUUUGACAAAUCUUCUAUAUGAGAAGAAUUUGUCAUUUUGAUGUUGGUUUGACCAACAUCAGCUGGUCAAACCACCGCCCAGACUUCGUCGGGAAGCCUUGGGCGCUUAGCGCGCUACUCAAAGGCAUUGCCUAUAAUGCAGGCUUUGCAGACAUUGGCUACAAGUAUAUCCCUGCAAACUGUAAAACAAAGCAAUGCAGAAUCCAUAUGGUUCUCCAUGGCUGCGCAAUGAGCUAUGAUUACUUAGGAUCUGUCUUUAUAGCUACCGAAAUUAAAAUGGCUUUGGAUAGAGGGCGUCCCAUGAAUUUCCUUCAACUUUUAUUUUUGUAGGAUUAAGUUUUACAUGCCCAGUUGUUAUGCAAAAGCUUCCAUUUUCUCCUGUCUAAAAAAAGGCAGGACAUUAAAACCAAGUAGUUACUAAAAGAAAAUUGGGCAAGAGCAAAGUAGCACACAGACCACUAGUAUUUCUGGAUAUCUCUGGGCUUUCAAAUGGCUUCAAGGGAAAUAGAAGGAGUGAUCUAGUCGGCAAACUGAAAAAGCAAUCUCGAGUAGCAAACAAGACUAAGAAAAAAGCUCCUCAAGCAACUGCACAUCUAAAGUUCAAAUAGAGUUGAUUUAAAAUUCAUUUAUAGCUAACGCCGGGUACAAUGAAUGGGCUGAAUCCAACGAUAUAAUUAUUAUUUAUCCACAAGCUCAAAGAUGGACUGACAUAAACCCUCACGCCUGCUGGGAUGGUUUCGGUAUGUCUGGCCCUGACUAUGCUUUAAAAUCUGGCAUCCAAAUGUCAAUUCUUUAUAAAAUGUCCCAAGACUUCAAUAAUUUCCCACCACUGUCCUAA